AAUUUAGAGGAGUUACCAUUUUCCUUUAUAUUUUAUUGUUUUAAUUUGUUCUUCCUAAAGUAAAGUAAAAAAAAUCCCUUCAAAAUGACUUUGACAGCCUUCUUAUCUGUAGGAAAAGAACCAAGGUUGUGGAGUCACAGACCUGAGCUAUCUCAAUAGCUUUUUAUGAUUUUAAGCAAAUCAUCUGAUGUCCUUGAGUGUUAGCCAUCCCAGCUGUAAAAUGGGAAGAUGAUAAUCCAUAGGGUGGUAGGAAAGUGCCAGUAAGAAAUCCAUAAAAAUGUGCAAUGGUGAGUAUUUAAUCGCGCUCUUGUUCACUGCAGGUGAACAAGCACAUUUCAGCACAUUUUCUCACUGCAUAUUCUCUUCAGCACCUUCUCACAGCACAUUCUCUUCAGCACAUUCUCUCACAUUAAGCACAUUCUCUCACUGCACUCUGGUGGUUGACGGCAGAGGUCUUUGAUUGCCAUUUAAUAAAUAAAACGUGUGCCAAAGUCUCUGGGCUGGACUAACUCCAAAGAGUUGCUUCUAACUCCAAAAGUCUAGUUCUCUCCCCAGGCUGGCCGCUUUGCAGAGGAGAUCCUGUUGGACAGAAACAACAGCAUGUCCUGGAGCAGCGGUGACUUCCGAACCUCUACUAAACUAUUUGAGAAGAAUGGAGUGUUGGAGGAGCAGAAAUCUCCACGAAUCAAGAGAAGACAGACACAGGUAUAUGUUGGCAAUCUUCCGCUGGACAUCUCUGAGGAGGAAAUCUGGAGUCUUCUAAAGGACUUUAACCCUCUCCAUGUCCACAAAAUCCAGAAUGGCUGCAAAUGCUUUGCUUUUGUGGAUCUGGGCUCCGUGCAGAAUGUGGCACUGGCAAUACAGAAGCUGAACGGGAAGCUCUUCCACAAACGAAAAUUGUACGUGAAUGCAAGCAAAAGUUCUUCCAAGAGGACCCAGGACGUGGCUGAGAGACCCCAGGAGCUGCCGGAAGCGCCAGCAGCGACCUCCCAGGCCUCCAUGACUGUUUCGGAGGCUUCUGGAGAAGGAUUUGCCAAAGCCCCUGCUUGUACGCAGCUCCCAACUAAAGCCGCCGGUGACCUCGGCAAGACUGAGAAACCCAGGACACCCUUCUUUGCAGUUCCCAUGGAAAUGAGGGGUUCUUUCCUGGUGCAGCUUCUGAGGGAGUGCUUCCAGGACCUGCACUGGCUGACCACGGUCAACAGAGUCACUGGGGAGGUGGGGCUGCUGGUGACCAGCGUUGUCCCGCAGACGCCAUUCUUCUGGGCUAUGCAUGUCACUGAGUCUCUGCACCAGAACAUGCAGGCGCUGUUUAGCACCCUGGCUGCGGCGGAGGAGCAGCAGCCCUACCUGCAGGACGCUGCGGUGCAGCGCGGGGCCCGCUGCCUGGCCGAGUACCACCUGGGCCGUUACGGCCACGCCUGGAACAGGUGCUGGGUGCUGGACCGGGUGGACACCUGGGCUGUGGUCAUGUUCAUUGAUUUUGGCCAGUCAGCUACCAUCCCAGUGCAGUCCCUGAGAAGCCUUAACAGUGACGCCUUCUGGACCAUCCCCCCUCUGACGCAACCAUUCAUGCUGGAGAAAGACAUUUUGAGUUCACAUCAGAUUACCCAUCGUAUCCUCAAAGGGAAAAUCACUGGCACUUUGAACUUGGAGCCACACAUCCUGAAGUUUGAAGAGUUUAAAUAACACAGCUGUAAUCAGCUGUUCUGGCUCCUGUCUCCCUCAGAUCUAGAUUCUGCUUGUCUUGCCUUUGGACCCCUUUCACUCUUGAGGCCAUGAAGGUGAAAAAGGCCACACUGGCCCCAGGGUUGUCUUGAUUCCCAUUUGCUUUGACCCCCCUUGAGCUCACCCCUCAAAAGAUAAUGAAGUCUCAGAUUUUCAUGUGUUUUCACUCCCCAACUUGGUAUGAACUUUCGAAUUACAUAGCGAGAUUCCAUUAUGUUGAAAGCCUGAGGCCGCUGAUGUGUCCUUUCCUCUUUUCUGCACCCCCCAGAGCAUACUAUAAACUGCCCUAAAAGAUUUUGGAGAAUAGAAGGGCCUGUUUCAUUUUCCUGGCAUUUUAUUGUACAAUCAGGUGGGGAGAUUUGACCAGUGAGCUGUCACACUGGUGAAUAAAUGUUGGCAUG